AGAUUUUAUUGCAUUCUUGGAAGUAUUAGCUGAAACAGGCCUAAAAAGGUGUUACCAAAUGUCCUAAUCUUAAUGUAUCAUUUUGUGGAUCCACAGUUCUCGUAAUGGAGACAUCACUGGCAGAUACCUACUCCUGUUUACAAGGUCAGGGAAAACGGAUCCCACAUACCUGGACACCUAUAAGAACCAGGCAGAGUGCCUGAACUUCCCAGAGACACACCACACCUAUGAUGGAGAAACAGAGCUGUGCCCCGAUGACAACCAGAAGGAGAAGGUGGUGGAGGCGACGACUAUGGAGGACUACAGAGGAAGAGAAGACUACUGAGAAGAACCCGACUACAGAGGAAGAGAAGACUACAGAGAAGAAUCCGACUACAGAGGAAGAGAAGACUAUGGAGAAGAAUCUGACUACAGAGGAAGAGAAGACUACGGAGAAGAAUCUGACUACAGGGAAGAAUACGACUACAGAGGAAGAGAAGACUAUGGAGAAGAAUCUGACUACAGAGGAAGAGGAGACUAUGGAGAAGAAUCUGACUACAGAGGAAGAGAAGACUACUGAGAAGAACCCGACGACAGGGAAGAAUCCGACUACAGAGGAAGAGAAGACUACGGAGAAGAAUCUGACUACAGAGGAAGAGAAGACUAAUGAGAAGAACCCGACGACAGGGAAGAGAAGACUAUGGAUUGACCAAAACAACCAGAUCCUCACUAUUGUGCCCAAACAUCUCUUUAGUGGAACUUUGAUCCCAGAACUAUCUAACCAAAUAUGACAUGUACUUUCAUACGUCUUUAAAUCAUGUCUUACAUACACAAGGAGAGUGAUAUGACCAUGUAAUGAUAAAAAAUGCUAACGUUUUUACUGUGAA